UCUCAACGCGUUUCAACCACACACACCGAGCGCGUUUACGGUGAAAUAGUUUGCCCGCUGGCUUCGCCGCGUCGCCUCGCCUAACACGAGGUUGUGAGGGAUGUCUUUCGCAAUUUUUUUUCCUGUUGUCUUGUUCCCCCGGCGAGCAAUGUCGGGAUGGGAUUGUGCUCCGCUGCGAGGCCUUUUCUUUACAUUUAACACCGCUAUGUGUUGUUAGCCGACUGGCCCGUUGUCUACAUGUCGAGGACAAACCUGCCGUAGCUGCCGCUGUCGUUAAGAUAGCUGUGCGGGUCUAUAAAUACCAAUAAGACUGCGGACUGUGGUCGUUUUUCCUAUCAACUUGGACCAGAUUUAGAUAGCAUCGUGAGCUAGCCUCAUCCCCGCUGCAUCGUUUGUAUCGACGGUGUAACCGGAGUUCACGCGAGCGAGGACAAAGGGACCCCCGGUACCAACAGCACCGAGUCGAUUUUUCUAUUUUGUACAUACAGAGUUUUGUAUAUACUGUAUAUGAUGAGCUCGCUGGGCAGCGACAAGGCCCGGGGCCCUCGGGAAAAAGCGCUGCCUGCUGCCACUCACACAUCACAACCACAGAAACAGAUACAGGCUACUGCUGAGCAGAUCCGGCUUGCCCAGAUGAUCUAUGACAAGAAUGAUGCUGACUUUGAGGACAAAGUGAACCAGCUGAUGGAGGUAACUGGGAAGAACCAGGAUGAGUGCAUGGUAGCGCUCCAUGACUGCAAUGAGGAUGUUAGCAGAGCCAUCAACUUUCUCCUGGAGAGCACCUCAGACAUGACGUCAUGGGAGACGGUAGGGAAGAAAAAGCCGCUGGUGAAGGAAGGUCCAUCAGAAAGCAAGGAGAACAAGGAGAACAGGGAGAAGAAAGGAGAGAGGGAGGCUAGCAAGGGCCAUGGAGCGGCCAACCGCAAAGGCAAGGGGGCCAGUCGCAGCCGACAGGCACGUCCAGAGGAGAAUGGCGUAGAGGUGACACCAGUGGACAGAGGUUCGGAUCGAGGUCGGAGGCUCAGAGGUGGCCGAGGAUCUGGAGGUCGAGGCAGAGGCAGAGCACCAGCAGGAAGUCGAUUCUCAGCCCAGGGCAUGGGGACCUUCAAUCCUGCAGACUAUACCUCAGAGGCUGGGACGAGGACCACACAAACUGAGGUGUGGGACACUGUGGCCAACAACAGCACAGAUGGGACAGUUGCCUGGAGGAAUACCUUGGAAGACUGGGCAGCUGAGGACUGGAGUGAGGACGUUAGUCUCUCUGAGACUAAAGUGUUCACCUCCUCAUGUGCACCCGCUGCUGAGAAUCACAUCACACCUGGGCAAAGUCUGGACCUCGCCUCUCUGCUGCAGAAGCCUGUAGGUGGAGGAAGAGAACCAACUUCCUCCUCUUCCUCUCAGAGUCUGGUCUUCACUAACUCCCACCACCACCAGCCACCGCAGCAACAGCAGCCGCCCCCCAGCCGCAACGCCACCACUAGCACAAGCUACGCUCAUGCUGCUCUGUCGUCAGUUCUGGGAGCUGGUUUUGGGGAUUUGGGUCAGGCCAAAAGGACUCAGCCCAGUGCUGGAGCCCAAAUACUGGAACAGCUGAAGGGUCCUGGCUUGGGUCCACUACCCUCAUCCCAGGCUGCGCCUCCCGUCAGCACCCAGGGAAGCAACGCCUCCAUCGGCCGACUGCCUGGCCUAGGAGUACCUGUACCUCCACCCUCCUCAUCUAGCUGGGACAUAAAGGCUUCAGAAUCGAACACCUCGCUGUCCUCACAGUUCAGUCGUGAGUUUGGUCUGCAGCCAGAGCCUUCUCUUGUGCUGAGCCAGCUGGUUCACAGGCACACCGGCCCCUCCUUGCCUUUGGCACGUCAACACAGUCCUCCAUCGCAACAACAAGCGCCUGCUGCUUCAGCCUCGCCUGCUCCCCAGCACACCAGCACGCCAGCACAGGCAGGCCCGGUGAUGGUUGCUGCUGGUGCUAAACCUCCUGCCCCCGGCGCAGGGCUGGACCCUCAGGGCAGCAGUAUACCACAACAGCAACGGGUGCAGCUCAAAGGCCAGAAACGAAGGAUACCUCCAACAUCGAAGAUCCCCUCCACGGCAGUAGAGAUGCCAGGCUCUGCUGACGUCCCCGGGCUGAACCUCCAGUUUGGCGCUCUGGACUUCGGCUCGGAGUCUGCAUUACCAGAGUUCGGAGUUGUGGACAAUUGUGUGAGUGCGGCAUCCAGAGAGUCCACGCCAGCCCCUGCACCUGCAGCACCGGGACCAGGACCAGGGACACAGAGCCAGACAAGCCUGUACUCCAAACCGCUCAGUGAGUCGUUGGGCAGCCCUCUGUCCGUUGCCCUGCCUCCUCCCCUCUCCUCAUCAGAGCCAGUAUAUCACUCCUCGUCAGUGACGUUGCCCAGCCUCACUCCCUCCUCUUUAGGGACCGCCAGCUCCACCAACCCUCCUUCCUCUUCUUCGACAGCCUCCACCAGCUCCUCCUCUGUACCCUCCUCCUCUCACUUCUCCACGGUUGGGGGAAGUUACGAUGGCGCCAUGCCUUCUCACACACGGCUGGCCUUUUCCCAGAGCAAAGAAGCCACAGGGCCAGUCAUGAAUGGUCUGAAUGGUGUAAGGACUUCUGCUGCUCUCGACACUUCAUCAACGUCCUCAACGCCGAAGCCAGACUCGCCGUCUCUGAACAUCAGCACCAACGGUCCCUCGGCGCCCUCUUCCCACUUACCCUCCACCUUGCCUCCACACAGUUCCAGCACGCUCUCCAACCUGGCACAGGAGUUGCCCUCAGCCAGCCAGCUCAACUCACUCAACAGCCAUGUUAGCAGUCAUUCCUCAGUUUCAGCGCUGGGCUCCAGCUCUCUCACUUAUACCAGUGGUGACAGCAGCAGCGUAAGCUCCUUGGCCCCCUCCUCUGGCUCCUACACGUCAUCGCAGCCUUCUGCCUCAGCCCUUCACGCAACCCACAACAGCAGCAACAGUAGCAGCAGCAUCAGCCACCUGUCCAACAUGCCCAACAUGCCCAACAUGCCCAACAUGGGCAACAACAUGAGCAGCACAGUCGGUGGUAUCGCUGGCACCAGCGGACUUCACUCUGCUGCUAUCGCUGCCACCACAGCACUGGGACUUGGCUCCAAUGGAGCUACUGCCACGUCCAACCUCACUGCACCUAGGACCACACCCCUGCUCUCCUCCUCCACUGGUAAAGCUCCUCCUAACCUCUCCCAGGGAGUGCCUCCUCUACUGCCCAACCAGUAUAUCAUGGGCCCAGGGGGGCUGCUGCCAGCAUACCCACAGAUCUAUGGCUAUGAGGACCUCCAUAUGCUCCAGUCCAGGCUGCCAAUGCCCUCUUUGCAAGAUUACUAUGGAAUCACAUUCCCUGGCCCCACAGCGACUCUCUCUGGCAGAGACGGGAGCCUAGCCAACAACCCCUACUCAGGUGAAGUCACAAAGUUUGGCAGGAACGACUCCACCUCCCCAGCACCUCCCACAAGCUUGGCAGCCCCGCAGCCUCCCCAGGGCCAGAGCCAAGGACAGAGCCAAGCCCAGCCUCAGCCUCCUCAGGCCCAGCCUCAGCCCCAGGGCCAGCCACAGCACCACAGCAAUCAGCAGGCUUUUCUGCCUCCAGGCUACAGUUACACAGGCCUGCCUUACUACCCGGGGGUGCCCGGCGCCGUGCCCAGUGCUGCUGCCUUCCAGUAUGGCCCCACCAUGUUUGUUCCACCUGGUGGCCCAGGACCAGCCUCAGCCAAGCAGCACAAUAUGGGCCUUGGUCUGGGAAACCCCUCGGCUAGCCCCUUCCAACAGCAGACACAGCAGCAGCCCAGCGGUUAUGGCCAGCACACCUUCAGCUCAGGGUAUGAGGAGCUGACAGCAGGGCCCACAGGAGUGGACUACGGUAAAGGAUAUAACUCCUCCUCACAGGCACAAGCCAAAUCUGCUGCUACUGGGCCCGGGAAAGGCGUCUCGGUGACGUCCAGUAACUCGGGUGUGCCAGACAUCAGUGGAAGUGUUUACAAUAAGACCCAGUCUUUUGAUAAGCAGGGUUUCCAUGCAGGGACCCCUCCGCCCUUCAGCCUGCCAUCAGCACUGGGGGGUCCAGGGCCUCUGAACCCUGGAGCAGCUCCUGGAGGCUAUGCACCGGCCCCAUUCCUCCACAUCCUGCCUCACCAGCAACCACACUCACAGCUGCUGCACCACCAUCUAGCUCAGGAUGGACAGGGUGGUCCAAGUCAGCGCGGCCAGUCCAGCAGCCUGCAGCAGAAGAGCCAAGUCAACAAGUCGAGCUACGGCAGCUCUCCCUACUGGACCAACUGAGAUGGCUCCAUCUACAGUCUGUGUGUGUGUGUGUGUGUGUGUGUGCAUGGACAGACACCAACACACACAUUACCACACCUGUGUAUCUGACUGACGAGAUCAUAGAGGGACAAACCAUUUUACAACACAAGCUAAAACACACACACUACCACCCCUCCCCUUUGCUCUGUAUAUCCCCUUUUCAAAUUUAUGGCUGUUGUAUGUAAAAUAUAUUUAUGUAUGUAUUUAUACAGUAUAUAUGUAUUGGUAGGACAUAAAAUGUGGUUUUCUGCAUUUUGUUUUUAUUUUGAAGGACAUUUUUUAUUUCAAAAAAAAAAAAAUGUGGAAAGACGAGAAUGCUAAAUCAUGGAGAUGAAGUUGGUGAAUAUACUUGAACACAAGCAUCUUGUGAUGUGGAUUUUUUUUUUUUUUUUUUUUGUAUGCAUACAUGAAUCGAGAAUGAUGUACAUAGAUUCUACACAUCAUUUUCAUGGCAAAGGCCUUUUUUUAUUUUCAAGGAAAUAAGUUUUUUGUAACUUUGGUCUCCCGCAUCUGUGAAUCCUUAUAUUGAGGGUGACUUGAGUUGAUAGCUUGAUUUUUUCUCUUUGCCCCAUUUCCCUCCAUCUGUCUCUCAUUCCUCAACUCUUACUAGUUGGCUGGUUUCAUCAGCCAGGCCUUGGAUUUGAUGUCAUUUUAACAUUGGUUUAAUCCUUGUUGUCCAAAUUAAAAGUUAUGAACAGUUUG